AUCUCGCCGUUUUAUCUCUGGCUAAAUCCACGUGUGUUACCAAAUUAGAUGGAACACAUAUCGUACCUGUUCUUGGCACGCAUGUCAAGUUAAGCCUGUUUUUAAUACGAAUCGGAUAAACUCAAACCGAUCUGCGGCCCAACAGACAUUAAUCUCGAUCUUGUGGUGCUUGGCAUUGAUCCAUCAAUGAUUCACAAAUCAUGCAGGGAUGAUCAUAAUUGCCGGCUUCUACUCGUCUCUCUCUACCCCCAUAUAUAUCCAUCCGGUCUGCUGCUCAGCCUCGCUCUACCCAUCUCGUACAUCGGCGGCGGCGCGCGGUAGCUAUCUACCUCUCCUGGCUGCGCCGGGUGCUUGCUACUGAUCGGGUCUCCUCGUGGCAUGGAGGCAACGGUGGUGGUGGUGGAGCCCGGCAGGAAACCGCAGCACCCGGCGGAUGCCGGCGGGGGCCUGCAUGCGGCGCGGCACGGCGCGCACGGGCACUCGGCGCACGCGCGGACGGCGCACAGCAUGUCCUCCUCGUCGCUGCGGAAGAAGUCGGACGCGUCGCUGCUACGCAAGGUGCCGUUCGCGCCGCUCCGGCCGGUGCUGGCCAACCUGCAGGAGGUCUUCCUGGGCACCAAGCUUGCCGUCCUCUUCCCCGCCGUGCCGCUCGCCAUCGCCGCCCAGUGCGCGCACUUCGGACAGGUGUGGGUGUUCGCGCUGAGUCUACUCGGCCUCAUUCCUCUCGCAGAGCGAGUCAGCUUCCUCACCGAGCAAAUUGCACUGUACACCGGUCCCACUGUGGGCGGGCUCCUGAACGCGACGUGCGGCAACGCGACGGAGCUCAUCAUCGCGCUGUUCGCGCUCAUGCAGGGGAAGAUCGAGGUGGUCAAGUGCUCCCUCCUCGGCUCCGUUCUCUCCAAUCUGCUGCUCGUGCUAGGAACCUCCCUCUUCUGCGGCGGCAUCGUCAACCUCCGCGCCGACCAGCCAUACGACAGGAAACAAUCGGACGUGAGUACGGGGCUCCUCAUCCUGGGCGUGCUGUGCCAGUCGCUGCCGCUCAUGCUGCGCUACGCCGUGGGCGCGGGCGAGCACGCCGUCGCCGCGGCCACCACGGGGCUGGAGCUCUCCCGCGCAUGCAGCAUCGUCAUGCUGCUCGCCUACGUCGCCUACCUCUUCUUCCAGCUCAAGACGCACAGCCAGCUCUUCGACCCACAGGAGGCCGAGGGUGACGGCGAGGCUGAGGAAGAACCGGUUCUCGGGCUCGCCAGCGGGCUUUUCUGGCUGGCGUUCAUGACCGUUCUGAUCGCCAUUCUGUCCGAGUAUGUCGUCGGCACAAUCGAGCCUACCUCGCAAUCCUGGGGCCUAUCAGUGAGCUUCAUCAGCAUCAUCCUUCUCCCGAUCGUCGGGAACGCGGCAGAGCACGCCGGGGCCAUCAUUUUUGCUCUCAAGAACAAGCUGGACAUCACCCUCGGAGUAGCUUUGGGGUCGGCAACCCAGAUCUCCAUGUUUGUGGUGCCACUGAGUGUCAUUGUAGCCUGGAUUGCGGGGAUCGAAAUGGAUCUUGACUUCAAGCUGCUAGAGACCGUCUCUCUGUUCGUUGCAGUAAUAGUGACAGCCUUCACCCUUCAGGAUGGAACAUCACAUUAUCUGAAGGGAAUCAUUCUCCUACUGUGCUACAUUGUCAUUGGCGCAUGCUUUUUCGUUACGAGGCAGCCUUCAAGUCAUGCAAACAACAACGGUGCCAAGCUGGCUGGACCAACCAGUACUUGGAACGCACAAGUAGCAUAACAGGUUAAGGGUUCUGCCCGAUCGUGCGAGACAGCAAAGCAGUGUCCGAGUCUGAAACUACGACAUGCUGUCCGGUGGUAGCGUGCAGAGAUUGAUCAAACAGGAGAGGCAAAAACCGAAAGAGGAUGAUGUAUUCAUCGUUGCGCAAAAUGCAUAUGAAAAGUGUCAUUUGUGCUUGUAUUACUAUUGGUUGCUCUUGUUGCAAUAAGUUUUUAGAUGAAAACAUGGGUUGUAUCUAUGAGUGGGGUUAAUAGGAAAUGCAGGGGUGUAUUUAUAA